AUGAGAUCGAGAAAAAGAAAACAAGCGCAUUUGGCUGGCCUUGAGUCACAGGUAACGAAUUUUUGGGGAGUUCGAGCAACUAAAGUGGAAAAUGCAACUCUAUCCAAGCAGCUUAUAGAUGCUGAUCAACAUUAUCGUGAGGCUGAUACUGAUAACCGAGUGCUGAAAUCAGGCGUGGAAGCCUUGAGAGCUAAGGUGAAGUUGGCUGAAGAUAUCGUGGCUCGUGGUCGCGGUUCUUUAACCACUUUGAACAGCCAGCUUCUUCGGGCUCAGAGUCACCGCCUGAACCCACAUAACCUGCCCCGAAUGGCACACGUGUCUCCGACCAUCACUUCCCAUGGAAACGAUGCCUCGUAUUCUGCCGCCAUGACGGUUGGUGCUCAGAACUCAGCCCUUGGACUUGAGGACCUUGAUAUAUAUCACCUGUAACAAUUUCAAACCCUGGAGUCUUGAGUGAUACUGCGAGCUGUGUGACUGAUGGUGUUUGGGUCCAGUACUACACUUGUAGGUUGCAGCAUCUGUGUCGUUAUAGGAUGUCUUGUCUAGUCAAGUAGACAUGUAGAUUGGAAAGUUGAAUGGUAGAUUUGGUCUACUGUAAAAAUUAGUAGUAGAUCGAGUUAAUCUGUCUUGAAUGGUAAAACUGGGGUUUAAUUUGCUUUUUAUUGAGAACGAUCCGCUACUUACUUAUGAUUGACUUAUUAAUUUACUUAUAUCUGAGUAAACUCAA